AUGCUGACACCUAUGAUCGCAUUUGGGCUCCAGGGGCGUCCUCGGGGGUCCCGGAGCCUGGUGCUGUUGACUCUUCCCAGCAGCAGCUCUCGCCCGACUGGCGCCUGGUUCGCCUGCAAGGACCCUGGCGGGGGCUCCAGGCCAGUCAAGACCCCUGCGGUGGCGGAGGGUCCGGCUUCCGGCCUCCCUCGGAACGUGCUCAGCGAGAGGGAGCGCAGGAAGCGGAUCUCAGUGAGCUGUGAGCGUCUGCGGGCCCUUCUGCCCAGGUUCGAUGGCCGGAAGGAGGACAUGGCUUCGGUCCUGGAGAUGUCGGUGCAGUUCCUCCGGAUGGCGGGCGCUGUGGUGCCCGGUGGGGAGCCACAGCCUGCGAGUUGUCAGGUCCUCGCCCCCUGCACGGAGUUGUGGGGUGUAUGGCAGAAGGAUGUCGUGCAGCUGGCCCUGACGAGUCCGACCUCGGCCAAUGCACCAGACCCUGGGACAGCAGCAUCGGUGACCACGGCCUUCCGGUUCGGCACCCUGGACCCCAGCCCCAAGUCCCUCCCAGCUCUUGAGGCCGCCCCCAGCAUGGCCUCCCUGCUCAUGGCAGCCAAGCCCCCUGCUGCUGAGCGAAGAGACUCAGAGCUGCUCGGGUCGGCGUUGGGCUGUGACGUGGAAGAUGGACCGUCCUUCCCGCUGGCGGCCAGUCCCGAGUGGUGGCUGGGGUCCCUGGAGGGCAGCGGCGCCCCUGCUCAGGCCCCAGCGAGGAGCAGCCUGAUGGACAGGACAGAGCUGGGCGUCCUGGUGGACCCCGGGGCCGGCUCCCAGGAGCUCCUCGACGGCCCCCUGGAGCCCUGGGGCUGGGACGUGGGCUGCCCCAGCCUGGCCUUCCGGGAUGAGGCGGACAGCAUGUUCCCCGACUUCUCUGCCUGCUAG